UCUCUUCAUCUGCCAUCAUCAUUCAUCUCAUCUACCUACAAUCUCUGUAUCCAUUAUCAUCUGUUUUCAUCACAGUUCUAAGUUCUAGGAGUGUUUCUUUUAUGUCCAUUGAUUUUUAGUUUUACGUUUGAAGGUUGUAUUUCAAGAGAUUUAGAAGAAGAAGAAGAAGAAAAAUGUUGGCAAUAUUUGACAAAGAGUUGGCAAAUGCACCAAAAGAACUGAACAGUCCAGCAUCGAUGAUGCCUGGAUCUAAGAAACCAAAGCUUCCUCAAGAAAUUCUCUCUUUACAUGAUCCAAAUCACAAUGGAUUCCACAUGAACUUUGGCAAUGCUGCUACUCUUGCUUACCUCCCCAAACAUCAUGAUGCUCACUUCUCUGUUCAUCAAAGGUUGUUCUGUGGGUUGGAUGACAUUUACUGUCUAUUCCUGGGAAGUUUGAACAAUCUGUGCUCACUGAAGAAGCAGUAUGGUCUGACUUCAAAGGGGAUCAAUGAGGCAAUGUUUGUGAUUGAAGCAUACAGGACUCUAAGAGACAGAGGUCCAUACCCAGCAGAUCAAGUUGUCAAAGAUCUUGAAGGGUGUUUUGCAUUCAUCAUCUAUGACAACAAGUCCAAAACUGUGUUUAUAUCACUGAGCUCAGAUGGUGGGAUCAAGCUGUACUGGGGUAUUGCAGCUGAUGGUUCUAUUGUGAUUUGUGAUAAUCUUGAGGUUAUUAAGGGAAGUUGUGCUAAGUCUUUUGCACCAUUUCCAGUUGGGUGUAUGUUUCACAGUGAAGGUGGGUUGAAGAAUUAUGAGCAUCCAAUUAACAAGAUGAAGGCAAUGCCAAGAGUUGACAGUGAAGGUGUGAUGUGUGGUGCUAGUUUCAAUGUUGAUUCUCAUGCUAAGAUUCAUAGCAUGCCAAGAGUUGGUAGUGAAGCUAAUUGGUCUGCUGCUUGGGAAUCACACUGAGCCUUGACUCUGAGUGCAGCUCAUUUACAAUUUAUUUCAUAUUUCUUUUGUUAAAAGCAAGUUUUUGCUAAUGUCAAUUAGUAUUUUUCCUUUUAGUUUUUACUCGUCUCUUCGAUGUCAUUGUACAGUUUUGAUUUUAUGUCAUAAAUAAAAGUGAAAACAAAUCUUUCAAAAUGCUACA